AUGCACUACUUACAAAACCUGCCAACAAGGAGCCUGAAAAUCCUCUUUAUAGCCUAUCCAACUUUCGUGUGCGUCCUUCUGUUCUUCGAGGUAAGAUUCAUCUUGGCUUAUCUGAACUGGGUGCAACCUAUCGGCCGCCUGUUCGACACGCCUGGCUGCGCAAUGCCGCUGUACCCGUCCUUCCACCGAACCAUUCGGCGUGCGAACGAGACCGACACCAGCCUCCAAUGGCGCUGUCCAGGUCGCCGAGCCACUGUCAUCUAUCGCCGUGGCAGCGUCCUCUACAUGAAUAUGACUCGCCUGGCCAGUUACUACGGUGUCACCAAAGCGACGAACUUUGUCUGUACCUUCCGAGAGGUGAUGAGAAACGAGAGCUCUGGUGUCAGCCAUGACUGGGGCUUGUCGUUGGGGCCUACGAGACCGCUUGUUUUCGGAAGGAGCUUGUCUGAAGAGUUCGUCGCCGUGACGUGCGCGGUGGGUAGACGGACGCUCUUCACCGACUACUUUCUACUUCCGCAGCGGAAGAGCCCAACGCUGAAGGAGCGCGUAAUCCGAGGAGAACGCCCUAUUAGUGUACUCGUUCUGGGAAUUGACUCAACGUCGCGCAUGAACUUCGACCGCCACAUGAAACGAACGCGGCGACUCCUGACGGAAGAGCUGUUUGCGUUCGAGUUUCUCGGCUACAACAAGGUGGGCGAGAGUUCUUUCGGCAACCAGAUUCCUCUGCUCACGGGGCUGGCGGGCGACGAUGUGGAGAGGCUCUUUCGCAACCACCCUUUUGACGAUCUGCCACAUCUGUGGAGCGUCUACAACGAGCGCGGGUACAAUACGCUAUUUCUGGAAGAAAUGCCAGACUACGGAUUGUUCGUUUACCCCGACCUUCGGGGAUUCAGAAAUCCGCCUACCGACUACUACCUUCUUCCCGCCGUGUAUGCCAUGGGAGUUCAAAGAGGACUCGAUGACUACUGCGCCGGCUCGCGUCUUAAGACUCAGGUUUUCCUCGAAUACGUCGGCGAUGUACUCCAGCUCAACGCCCUCGACGACCAUCCGCUGUUAGCGUACGUGUGGCUCUCGGAUGUCCCCCACAGCAAUGAACACGCCUUGCUGGUAUUAGACAAACCAGUGCACGCACUGCUGCGAGACAUGCACAAGCGUGGUGCCUUCGACGACACAGCGGUUCUUCUCAUCAGUGACCAUGGAGCCCGCUUCGGCUCGUCCCGGGCUUCCCAGAUUGGCCGGCACGAGGACAAGACCCCGUUCGGGUUUAUGGUGUUACCGCAAAGGUUUCUGCGGAGGCAUCCCACAGUAGCAGCAAACCUCGAGGUGUCAGACCAUGGUUUAAUGGGCAUAGCAUUGGGCUGCUGCGGUUAG